AUGGCUUGGGGGGAGCUCAGCAUCCUCCGCUGGCUGCGGGAGGGCCGGCAGUCCAGGAAACUCAUCCUGCUGAUUGUGUUCAUCGCCUUGCUCCUGGACAACAUGCUGCUUACCGUGGUCGUGCCAAUAAUUCCCAGUUACCUUUACAGCAUCAAACAUGAGAAAAAUGCCACAGAAAUCCAGACUACCAAGCCUAACGUAGUCUCACCAGCGAUGGACAAUUUUCAGAGCAUCUUCUCCUACUACGACAACUCAACCAUGGUUACUGGAAAUGAAUCUGAUAAGACACAACCCAGAGAGUUGCAUCAUACUCAGACAGAACAAAUGACAGUAAAUGUGACUCCUUCCCCAUCUGAUUGCCCUAAGGAAGAUAAGGACCUGCUGAAUGAAAAUGUUCAAGUCGGUCUCUUGUUUGCCUCAAAAGCAACAGUGCAGCUAAUCACUAACCCCUUCAUAGGGCCGCUGACAAACAGAAUAGGCUACCAGAUUCCACUGUUUGCUGGCUUCUGCAUCAUGUUUGUGUCAACAAUCAUGUUUGCCUUCUCUGGAAGCUACACAUUACUGUUUAUUGCCAGGUCCCUUCAAGGAGUGGGUUCCUCUUGUUCUUCGGUGGCAGGGAUGGGCAUGCUCGCCAGUGUAUAUACAGAUGAUGAAGAGAGAGGCAAUGCAAUGGGAAUUGCACUAGGAGGCCUUGCUAUGGGAGUAUUAGUGGGCCCACCUUUUGGGAGCAUCAUGUAUGAGUUUGUGGGGAAGAGUUCUCCGUUCCUGGUGCUGGCAGCGCUGGCCCUGUUAGAUGGAGCUGUUCAAUUAUUUGUUCUGCAGCCAUCCAGAGCACAAGCAGAAAGUCAGAAGGGGACACCAUUACUGACACUUUUGAAGGACCCCUAUAUCAUUAUUGCAGCAGGAUCAAUCUGCUUUGCAAACAUGGCGAUUGCUAUGCUUGAACCAGCUUUACCCAUCUGGAUGAUGGAGACCAUGUGUUCAGAAAAAUGGCAGCUUGGCGUUGCUUUUAUUCCAGCUAGUAUCUCUUAUCUCAUUGGGACUAAUCUUUUUGGGAUACUUGCACACAAAAUGGGAAGGUGGCUUUGUGCUUUACUCGGGAUGCUAAUUGUGGGAAUAAGUAUUUUAUGCGUACCAUUUGCUAAAAAUAUUUAUGGGCUCAUAGCACCAAAUUUUGGAGUUGGAUUUGCCAUUGGAAUGGUGGACUCCUCCAUGAUGCCAAUUAUGGGCUACCUCGUAGAUCUGCGUCAUGUAUCAGUCUAUGGCAGUGUGUACGCAAUAGCUGAUGUUGCCUUUUGCAUGGGUUUUGCCAUAGGUCCCUCUGCGGGUGGUGCCAUUGCGAAGGCCAUUGGAUUUCCAUGGCUCAUGACAAUUAUAGGGAUUGUGGAUAUCCUCUUUGCUCCCCUGUGCUUUUUCCUUCGAAGUCCACCUGCCAAAGAGGAGAAAAUGGCAAUACUCAUGGAUCACAACUGUCCUGUGAAAACCAAAAUGUAUACCCAGAACAACAUCCAGUCCUACCCCAUAGGUGAUGAAGAAGAAGAAUAUGAAAGCGAUGAAUAA